GGAGACAACUCUGUAAAAGACUAAAUAAUCUCUCAGGGUAAACAUAUGAUAUUUAACUAAAGAAGAUUGUAUGGGUAAUAUGAAAUCAGAGAGAUGGGGAAAGAUCAUAAACAUAAGCAUAAAAAACACAAGAGACACCACAGCAGAGAAGAUCAUUCUGAUGAUGAAGAGUCAUGGUCUGUCUAUAAAAAGAAAAGGAAAGAUUACCAUAGAGAAAAGGAAGAAGAUGAAAGACAUAAGAGUAAAAAGUCAGACCAUACUAGCAAAAGAGAAGUCAAUAAGGAGGUAAAAUUGUCUAGUGAAAAACCAGAAAAAGAUUUAGAGAGCAACAAACUGUGUGAAUAUAAAGAUUCAUAUUCAUACAGAAGGCAUGACAAGGACAAAAUGCAUGACGAAAUUAAAGACAAUGAUAAUAAAAGAUCAAGUAAUAAAGAAUAUAACUCAAGGACUCAUAAGUCUCGUUUAUCAACAACUGAACAAUCACCUGAGAAACCUGAUAAGAGAGUAAGACGGAGAGAAUUAGAUGAAAAGGAAGAUUUAAAUUAUCUGCGAAGGAGAAAAGAAAGGAACUCAAAUCAUCAUCACCCAGAAGCUUUGAAUGAAAUGGAGUAUGUUAUCAAAGAGAAACAUGCUGUUGAAUCAGAUAAUGAGGAAGAAAGGGAAGAGGAUAGAGAUUUUGCAUUUGAUUUUCAUCAAUACAGAUCAGAUCUUAACAGAAUAUUUUUCAGAGAUGAUGAAUUCAUUAAAAGGCCAUCAAAGGAAUAUGAUGACUUUUGGUCAUUUUUGUUGAAAUAUCAACAGUUCCAGAGGAAAAAAUAUUACAGAGAGAAAGAUAAACAAGAAAUUAUAGAAAAAGACAAGAAAACAACAGAAUCAACAGGGGAUCUUGAUAUUCCACAACACUAUGACAACAGAUACAGAAUUAGUUUUAGUAUCAAAAGUAAAAAUGUGGAUGAUUUCUUAAAGAAAGGAAGACUUGUAGAUGCUGAUGUUUCUAGAGACCUAACAAAACACAGAGUGAGACAGUUCAGAAAUAUCUUGAUCCAUUAUGUGGAUUUCCUUCAAAAACAAAAGUUUAAUAAACUGAAGAAGAUAAAGACAGACCAAGAAAAUUUACCCAUCUUCCAGUACAAGCAGAUGAUUCAAGGAAUGGUACAAAGACAUCAGGUGGUGGUUGUCGCUGGAGAUACUGGAUGUGGAAAAUCUACACAGACUCCACAGUAUUUACUAGAAGCAGGAUUUACAAAGAUAGCCUGUACACAGCCUAGGAGGAUAGCAUGUAUAUCUCUGUCUAAGAGAGUUGGAUAUGAAACUUUAAAUGAAUAUGGAUCAGAUGUUGCUUAUCAAGUUAGAUUUGAGAAGACAAAGACAAGAUCUACUAAAAUUUUAUUCCUCACAGAAGGUCUGCUUUUAAGACAGAUGUCGGAGGAUCAACAUCUGAAGCAGUACAGUGUGGUAGUAAUAGAUGAAGUCCAUGAGAGACACAUACAUACUGACUUUCUGUUAGGUGUUAUAAAGUGUCUGCUGAAACAUAGGGAUGAUCUCAAACUAGUUCUUAUGUCUGCUACCAUUAACAUUGACUUAUUUAGUGGAUACUUUGAUGAUGCACCUGUAGUUAAGGUUCCUGGCAGAUUAUAUCCGAUAGAACUAGAAUACAAACCAAUACAGAGAGACGAUUCCAAAGCAGAAAGAUUAGAUCCUUCUCCUUAUCUAAAGAUUAUGCAGCUAAUUGAUCAUAAGUACCCAGAAUCAGAAAGAGGUGACUUACUUAUAUUUCUGAGUGGUAUGUCAGAAAUUAUGUCGGUAGUAGAGGCAGCCAAAACAUAUGCAACAAAUACCAAGAGAUGGAUCAUACUGCCUCUACACAGUGCACUGUCUGCUGAUGAACAGGAUAAGGUGUUUGAUAUUUCCCCAGAAGGAGUGAGAAAAUGCAUUGUAUCUACAAACAUAGCAGAGACUUCUGUAACAAUAGAUGGAGUUAGAUUUAUAGUGGAUUCAGGAAAAGUCAAAGAGAUGAGUUUUGAUCCAAAGUAUAAAAUGCAAAGAUUACAAGAAUUUUGGAUCAGUAGAGCAAGUGCUGAACAAAGAAAAGGAAGAGCUGGUAGAACAGGACCAGGAGUAUGUUAUAGACUGUAUGAUAGUCCUGAUUAUGAUGCCUUUCAAGAAUAUGCUACACCAGAAAUACAGCGGGUCACUCUGGACUCUUUAAUCCUACAGAUGGUCUCCAUGGGUCUUCCUGAUGCUAGGAAAUUUCCAUUUCUAGAGGCACCAGACAUAACUAGUAUUGAAAAUGCAAUUAUAUUUCUUAAAGAACAAGGAGCUAUGAAAGAUGAUGAGACAUUAACACCCAUUGGUAAUAUGUUAUCAAGGCUACCAGUGGAUGUUGUUAUUGGUAAAAUGUUAAUCAUGGGUUCUAUAUUUCAUAUGAUAGAUGCAGUACUAUCAAUAGCAGCAGCUAUGAGUGUUCAGUCUCCAUUUACGAAUAGAGCUUACGUUGAUAGAGAUGCUAUGGAAGCAAGAAAACCACUAGAAUCAGACCAUGGCGACCCAUUCACCUUACUAGAAACUUUUGAUGAAUGGAUACAGGUAAAAGCUGAAGGAAGAGGUACAAAGAAAUGGUGUAAGAGGAGAGGACUUGAGGAACAAAGAUUUUAUGAAAUAAUAAGACUUCGUAAUCAGUUUAAGGAAUUGCUGAAAGAUCACCAUUUGUUGGACAAAACUUUAAUAGGAGAAAGAUAUUUGACAAGUGAAGAAAGGAGAAGGCAGCAUGGAGACAGAAGGAGAUUGGGAGAAUUAAAGAAGGAACAACGAAAUGAAUCAAAGAAAAGAAAAGUUCUGAAGUUGGAAGAUUCAGAGUACAGAUUGAGUGAAGGAGAAGAAGAAGAUGAUGACAAUGAAGGAACAGAUAUCAAAGAUCUAGAAUUCAGGUUAUCACAUGACCUAAAUAAAUUACAGACUAUUUCAAACCAAAGUAGAAGUUUCACCUUAAAGGAUAUAAAUUUGUUGAAGAUUAUAUUGUGUAGUGGACUUUAUCCACAAGUAGCUAUAAAUGAUGAUACAAACUCCUAUAAAUCUGACUCGGAACAAUCCUUCCAUACAAAGAACAAACCAUUUUUGCUUCUUCAUCCAACUUCUGUGUUUGCAAGUCAGCCAGAGUUACUUCAGCCACCAGAGCCAGAAAAGCAGAAUGUUGGACCAAGUGAUUUAAGAGGGAAACUAAGUAACAAACACCAGUUACUAACUUAUGUAAAAUUACUGGAAACAGACAAACCAUACUUAGUGAACACAAUGAGAGUUCCUGCUCUACAGACUGUUACCCUAUUCUCUAACUUCCUGGAUACAAGUUCUGAUUGUACCAGACUCAUCUGUGAUGGAUGGUUAGAAAUAAAAUUCCCUGAUGCUGAGAUCGCCCAGGAUAUCCUGUCUAGUGUUAUAAUGCUCAGAGCUACAUGGCAAAACUUGCUUCAGUUAAGAUUGCAGGAUACAUUUAAAAAUUUUAACAGUGAAAAAAAGAUAAACCCUAGAGCUAGAAAACUUGAGAAGAUAUUAGCAGAGAAAUUGAGUCAGUUCCUGAGUAGUGAUGUGUUGUAUGCUGUCAGAAGAGUUAUGACUGCUGAAAUGAAAUAUGUUUACAAGGGACCUGGAAGAGUUGAUGAAAAUUCAGAUCUACCAAGUGGAUUAUUUUUGUCAAACAUGAAGAAUGAUAUCCAUCCAGUGAAAGGUGGAAUUCAAAUUAACGAUUACUUAUGUUAUAACUGCUUGAUAGAUGAAGCUUCAGCCGCUGUUUGGGGAGAAUACACAUCUAGUAUGCAGAAACAUUGGACCUGUCCUAGAUGUAAAGCUUCUCUAAUCAUCACAGUCUUAGAAAGGUUACAACAUGAAUCAGAAUGCCAAAGUGCAAAUAUUAAUGCAACAAAAGAAGAAGUGAAGAAGGAAAUAGAGGAAGAGAAGAAUAUACAACUGAAUCCAUUAAGAAAGUCUUAUCACUGUGAUAAAUGUGACAAGGAUUAUCAUUUUACAAAUACAGAAAUAUUGAAACAUAAAAAAAGUUGCAGUGGAAGCUGAAUCUUGUAGAACUGCAACAAAAUUAGCUUCAUAAAUACUUUUUGUCAUGAAAUUAAGUUUUACUAAAAAGUUAUGUCUAAAUAAAAGUAUUAUAAAUAAAA